CGGCCGACAACCGACGUCCAUUCAUAGAGUGCCUUAUAUUUUUUUUGUGGGGUCGCCAGAUCUCCCCGAUCCGAUCCGUUCCGUUCCUAUACUAUCCGAUCCGAUCCGAUCCGCAGAAUCGGUAUUCGGUUAUAUUUCGCGAGUGAGGUUUUUCGCGAGCGCAGAGGAGGUGGAAAAUCCCACGGUUGUUACGAGUUUACGUUCUCGAAAUGAUCGGCUAGCGAUCCCUCAGAUUCAGAUCCACACGAACGGUGGUCAGUGCGAGUGUUCCGAUCGCGAGAAGAAUUCUCCUCUCGAAUGUGCGUCUUGUGAUAUGUUGGGAACAUGGGAAAAACGGGCGCAAAGGAUGCGCCACAGCUUCAGCAAAGAACGAAAUUAACAAAAACAUAAAAGGAGCACGGAAAAAAAGAAAGAUUCGGCCCAAAAGGCACAACGAAUAUAAAAAUCAAAAUAAAAAGUGCGGACAAAAGCAGAGUCGCGCGACUUGGGUCUUCGGCCUGGGAUUCUGAUUAAAGCGCGCGUUUAAUUUCAUUUUUUACGCUACUCCCUGGUCAUCGAACACACAUCCUACACCCCGCCAUAUACCAUAUCCCCCAGCCAGUGGGCCCAAAAAAAAAAACAAAAAAAUAAUAAAAAAAAAACAAUUCCCCAGUUGGACUCCACCCUUGGCCAGGUUUUUGAUUCGCUGUUCAACUUUUUGGCCUGGAACUUUUUGUUUGUUUCGUUCGCCUGUAUCGCGAAACCUGGCCGACAACUCCUUGGCAAUAUUCCUUUUGACCGCUGCUCAGUACGCCGGCAGCUUUCUCCGUGUGCGUACGCAGCCUCUGCCGCAGACAGCAGCAGAAAAACCAAAAACAAAAAGUGAAAGAUCAGGAAAGAUCAGCCAGAUCACCCAGAUCUCCUUGGAUCAGAACGGUGAUCAUGUCGCCCGGGAUUCCGCCAAAAACCGCCAACUUCCCCCUGACGAAAUAUAUAAAAAAAAUCCACUCAACUCGAGCAGCUUGAUUAAUUCGCACACGUCAACGAUAUUCAAAUAAGCAUCUCGUGUACUCAUCGUGGCCGCAAUAAAAACGGCUUUAACUUUAACUACCUGCCAAAAGAAGAAACAACAACAAAAACAUUAUAUUUAUAUAGCACUCGCUCACUGAAAAAAACAGAAACAGCUCAACGGGCCAAAAUUUGGUUUGUUGCCGCUGCACUUGGCGGCUCCAAUCGAUAUGCGUUUGCUCAUGGUAAUUGCAAUUUUAAUAUUCGCAAUGCCAAUGACUGGAUUCGGCUGGGCCGAAGGCACCAACAUCCUUCUCGAUCCAAAUCUAAUGUGCAAAAAGACACGUCGUCUGCGGGGCAAGUUGGCCGAAAUCUGCCGACACGAUUCGGCCCUUCUCAAAGAGAUCAUCAUCAAUGGCAUCAACCUGGGCUUCCGCGAAUGCGAAUUUCAAUUCCGCAACCGGCGGUGGAAUUGCACUGUUCUGCGCAAGAGCAUGAGGAAAAUCUUAAUGCGUGACUCCCGAGAGACGGGCUUCGUAAACGCGAUCACAGCCGCUGGAGUGACCUACGCGGUGACGAAGGCGUGCACGAUGGGCACGUUGGUGGAGUGCUCCUGCGACAAGGCGCACAUGCGCAGAAACGGCGGACAGCCCCAGAUGGUGACGGCGGCAACCGCAGAAGCCGCAUUAGAGCGGCAGCAGGAGGCGGCGAUGUUGCGACAACAGAAUCCCCUGCUGGAUCCACAUCUCAGUCUACAGGAGCGAAUGAAUCGAAUCAACAACGGCAGUACCAUGACGGAUUUAUCCCCGCUGGAAAGCAGGAACGGGCGGAAUCGCAAGCCCGGUGGGAGGCGGGGGCGUCGCAAAUUCUGGGACAACAUCAAGUUUCCCGAAGGGCAGUGGGAGUGGGGCGGAUGCAGUGACAACGUCAACUUUGGCCUUCGUCACUCACGGGUUUUCCUCGACGCCAAGCAAAGGCAACGGCGGAGCGAUCUGGGCACGCUGGUCAAGUUGCACAAUAAUAAUGCUGGCAGAUUGGCCAUUCGCGAUGCCAUGCGGCUGGAGUGCAAGUGCCACGGGCUGUCCGGCUCCUGCACGGUGAAGACCUGCUGGCUGAAGAUGCCUCCGUUCCGGGAAGUGGCAGGACGACUGCGCGACCGAUACGACAGUGCCAGGAAGGUGACGUUGCGCAACGAUGGGAAUAGCUUUAUGCCCGAGAUUCCGCACACAAGGCCGGCGAACAAGUACCAGCUCGUAUUCGCGGAUGAUUCGCCCGACUUUUGCACACCCAACGCGAAAACCGGGGCGUUGGGAACCCAGGGUAGGGAGUGCAAUGUGACCAGUUCGGGAUCCGAUCGCUGCGAUCGAUUGUGCUGCAAUCGAGGACAUACUCGCAGGAUUGUCGAGGAACAAACCAAUUGCAAAUGCGUUUUCAAGUGGUGCUGUGAGGUGACAUGCGAAAAGUGCCUGGAGCAUCGAGCAGUUAACACAUGCCUUUGAGUGAGCAGCCACACCAUUAUUCACCAUCAUUAUUUGUAUUAUUUUCUUCGGUUUAGUCAGGAAUAGAAUUUUGAAAGCUUUCCAUUUCGCGUGAUAGAAAACACACACACUUACAGAGAAAACGUUUUAAGUAUUAACUAACAAGUAAACACGAGUAUCUCUAAUCUUUUAGCUAGUUGUAAAUAAGAAAUAAAACUCACGUAAACAUGCCUAUAUCAUUCAUAUGCCAAUCGUGUAAGCCUUGUAAAUAGUUGUAAUAAAAAUGAAAGAAAAACUAAA